AUCCCGGGCAACCCCGGGCUCGUCGACUUUUACCGCCACUUCCUCGCCUCGCUCCGCGACUCGCUCCCCCUCGAGCUGCGCAACCAGACCAAGCUGUACGCCGUCGGGCACCUGCGCCACACGCCCGGCUUCGACGAGGACCGAGGCUUCAACCCGCGAGGGCUCCCGAGCCUCGAUGACCAGGUCAAGGACAAGUGCACGUUCGUCGAGAGCAUCGCCGACGAGGACGGCAUCGGCCGGCCAGAUGGCCCCAAGCUCGUCGUCCUCGGCCACUCGAUCGGCGCGUGGAUCGGCCUGCAGAUGCUCAAGGCCCUCCCCCAGCACAUCUCGUCCCUGCACGCCCUCUUCCCGACCCUGUCGCACAUGGCCCUCACGCCCAACGGCCGCCGCCUCUCGCCCCUCUUCUCGUCAUGGGCGCUCCGCCCCGUCUUCCUCUCGACCUCGGCCCUGUCGUACCUCCCGCGCGCGCUCCUGUCGCGCAUCGUCGCGCUCAUGACGGGGCAGAGCGGCGCGGGCGCCCAGGUGACGACGGCGCUCGUCGGGAGCCCCGAGAGCGUCGUCGCGGCGCUCACCAUGGCGCGCGAGGAGCUCGAGCGCGUGCGCGACGUCGACGUCGACGCGCUCGAGCGGUACGGCGACCGCAUGUGGGUGUACUGGGCCGCCAAGGGCGUCGAUGGGUGGGUCACGGAGGAG